AUGUCAGCUGCUGAUGUAAUAAGCAGUAACGUACCAUUCGGAUUACCGACAAGUAACACUCAAACACAACAAGAUGAGGAGAAGAUCUGGACGAAAGUACUUCAAGAAGUGAGCUCCAAAGCACGCAAUACGCUCCAGGGUUCCUCUGUAAUAAUGUUAGGAGAGAAACAAUGCGGAAAGACUUCUUUGUUCGGCAAACUUGAAAAGUCUGACACACCUAUCAGACCAUCUGCUUUAGAAUAUAGCAUUCUCAAUGUCCCUAGUGAUGGCAGCUACGCCUAUCAGCUUGGUACAGCUGGAGGUCUCGGUGUCGAGAAUUUAUAUUUACCGGUAUGGACUUUAGAUGGAGAUGAAGCAUUCGCUCCUUUAUUAGGAAAUGCUCUCCCUGCUACUGCUCCAUCUAGAGCAGUGAUUUUGUUGUGCGCAUCUCUGGAUAAUCCAGGUCUUAUCCAUUCCAUUCGUCGUUGGGCCAAUUUGUUAUCUCUUCAUAUCACUCAAAAAUAUGACAAAACCGUUUUAACAGAAUCCAAAAAUCUUCAAGAGAGAUAUUGGCAAGAGUAUGUAGAGCCUUCUAUCGAAUGCUCCAUGACAACAUCGAUGGUUACGGGAAUCGAAGAAACUGGUUUAUUACCUGUCGAACCUGGAGUACUGACAGAUAAUUGUGGCGCUAACAUAGUUGUUGUGAUAACAAAAGCGGACUUAGGAUCCGAUAUGACUAGUCAACAGGCCGACAGAAUAAUUGUUCAAGUUCGUCAGCUUUGUCUGCAAUUGGGGGCUGCCCUUGUAUAUACUAGCUCCAAAACCUCCAAGGGUGUUCAGACUCUUUACAAAUAUAUAAUUCAUCGUGCUUAUGGAUUACCCUUUACUCAACAACCACAACUAAUUGAACGAGAUUCCGUUUUCGUACCUGCGGGCUGGGACGGCCAAAAAAAAAUUGACAUAAUCAAAGAAACAGUGCCUGAUGUAGACGAGCCUCUCGAGCCUACAAGGGAGAAACCGACUAUUGUGAAAGAACAGUUAGUUGAAGCUGAAAACGAACAAAUGUUCUUAUCUCGACUAGCUGCUGCUGAGUCAGUUGCCCCAGCUCCAGUUAAGAAAGCAGCCAUUUUGGACGAAGGCGGAGAAAGCAACAGUCCUCUCGCUAGUUUCUUCUCGAACUUAUUGAAAGAUAAGCCCGCUACUUCUCCCAGAGCAGCUCCUUCCCCUCAGGAUGCACAGGCCCAGCUUGACCGCAUUUUGAAAGGAGCCGCAGGCCAAAGUGGUGACAGUGCGUAA